UUAUUGAUCUGUACAAUGUGCUUGACAUUUGACAAUUUUUGUCACAUCACAUUUUUGUAUUGUUUUUUUUGUAGAUACCUUGUUAUCUUGAGGCGGGCGGCGGCGGCGGAGGCGGCGGAGGCGGCGGCGCUGCACGAGCGGCUGGUGGCGCACGUGCGCGCGCUCAGCGGCGAGGAUGAGCGCGGCGUGUGGGGGGAGCAUUCAUACGCGCGCGCGCGCGCCGCGCCCCCCGCGCAGCGCGUGCUGCUGGCGCCGCCCCCGCCCGCGCCCGCGCCCUGCCUCGACGUGCUGGCGCCGCCCGCGCCCGCGCCCGCGCUGCCCGACCCGCCCGCGCCGCCCGAGCACGACGACGACGAGGACGACGACGACGACGACGACGACGAGCAGUGGGAGGAGCGGAUGUGCGCCGCCGCGCCCGGCGCCGAGCACGCGCGCCUCGUGCGCGCCGUCGGCGACGCGCUGCGCGACCUGCGCCUGCAGCGCGCCGCGCGCGCGGGCUCGCUCGGCCGGCGCGCGCGGCGCGAGGGCGCCCGGCAGGCCGCGCGGCGACUGCGGCGCGCGCUGGCCCCGUGCUGGGGCGGCGCGGCCGGCUGGCUGCUGGGCGCGCUGCCGGCGGCGCUGCCGCGCGCGCUGCGCCGCCUGCUGGACGAGGCGCUGGGCGAGCUGCGCCGCGCCGCGCCGCGCCUGGCCGCGCGCCUGCCGCCAGCGCGCGCGCCGUCGCCCGAGCCGCUGGACGCGGUGGGGCCGGCGCUGGGGCCGGACGCGCCGGGCCCGUGGCUGGCGUGGGCGCCGAGCGGCUGCGCCGCGCUGGACGAGCGGUUCGCGCGGCGGCUGGGCGCGCUGCUGCACACGCGGCGGCUGGCGGGCGGCGGGGGCGCGGCGCGCGCGGCGCCGGACCGCUGGUGCGCGGCGCGGGCGGCCGAGGCGCGCGCCGCGCUGAGCGGCGUGCUGGCGGCGGCGGGCGCGCGGCCCGUGGUGCUGGGCGGCGCGGGCGCGGGCGCGGCGCUGGCGGCGUGGCUGGCGGCGGAGGGCGGCGUGCGCGCGCUGCUGCAGCUGGCGCCGAGCGCGCGCACGGCGGAGGGCGCGCCGGCGGAGGAGGGCGCGCUGCCGCGGCUGGCGGUGCGCGGCGGCGCGGCGGGCGCGGCGGGCGGCGCGCGGCGCGAGCUGGUGCUGGCGGGCGCGGACGAGGCGCUGCGGCUGCCGGCGCGGCUGCGCGCGCGGCUGGCGCUGCCGCAGCAGGCGCUGGACGCGGCGGUGGCGGAGGAGUGCGCGCGCUGGGCGAGUGACGUCACGGACCCGGCGGGCGGCGCCGCGCUGGGGGGAACCCGAGCCAUAGAGAUAGUCGAGGGGCGCAGCAUCUCCCGCGCCACGGGCGGCUCCCCGCUGGCGCUGCCGGCGCCGCGGCGCGCCGAGCCCGCGCUGGCCGCCGCCGACAUCAUGCAGCUGCCGAUCGUGUUCGCGGACGACGAGCCGCCGCUCGACGCGAGCGCGGCGCCGGCGCCCCCCCGCGCGCGCAGCCCGCCCGCGCCCGACCUCACCGUGACGAGCGGCAACCCGCGGGUGAGCUGCUCACUUGCUCAGACCGUGCGGGACUGUUCGCGUCGAACGACCAUUUCAACGACUGUGUUGCAGGGCGCAUCGCCGCCGCGCGCCGUGCGCUACGCUCGCGUGCUGGUCGCCAAGCGCGCGCGACUGUCGCGUCGCCCGCCCGGCCGCCCGCCGCUGCGCCCCGCGCGCGACUGACGCGCCGCCGCCGUCACUGUGGAAUACCAAUAAACGUUUGACAUGUAAAUCAUCUUACUUCACUGCUGCUGCCCGCCUGCUGGCUGUUUUAAUAUAAUUAAAAAUAUAAAUCGGUGUGA